AUGGACGCAGCAGACUUUGAGUGGAUGAUGUGGUUCUCUACAUUCCGCAACCAUAUACUCUUUGCUCUCACCGGUCAUGUGAUCUUUGCCAAAAUAUUUUCCAUUGUGGCUCCAAAGCACAGAUCCUUGAUCUUUGGUCUAUAUGGUGCUCUGGCUGUUUUAGUGACAAUGGGAUGGACCUACAUGGCCCUGGUGCUGUCUCACUGCCUGGUGCUUUUCAGUGUUGCACUAAUUAAACGGAAGUGGCUGGUAUUUGCUGCAGGCCUCACCACUUUAGCUUCAAUCAAACUAGAGCCAUAUAACUCCUGGCAGGAAGCGAUGGUGACAGGCAGCUUCGACUUGCAGGAUGUCUUGUUUUAUGGCGGCGUUGGCUUCAGUAUCAUGCGCUGUAUGAGCUUUGCUCUGGAAAAUUGUGAAAGAAAGGAAGGAAGCUACUCUUUCUGUGAUUUACUUAAAUACAACUUCUACCUCCCUUUCUUCUUCUUUGGACCCAUCAUGACUUUUGACAGGUAUCAUGCUCAGGCCACCACCACAAAGCUGGCGCGUAAGGACAGGGAGAUGUGGAACAUCACCAGUAAAGCCCUGCUGCACCUUGGGGUCAUUCUGGUGGUGGAUGUCUUCUUCCAUUAUCUGUACAUUUUGACAAUCCCCAGUGACUUGAGGCUGGUUGGAAAGCUUUCUGACUGGUGUUUAGCUGGUUUGGCAUAUUCUAACCUGGUGUAUGACUGGAUCAAAGCUGCUGUCAUGUUCGGAGUCAUUAACACAGUGGCCACUCUGGACCACCUGGACCCUCCCCAGCCUCCCAAAUGUAUUACCAUGCUCUAUGUUUUCUCUGAGACGCACUUUGACAGAGGCAUCAAUGACUGGCUUUGCAAGUACGUUUAUGACUACAUUGGUGGAGAUCAUGAUAAAAUCUUUAAGGAGCUGUUGGCAACUUUUUGCACAUUUUUCAUCACCACAUUGUGGCUUGGGCCAUGUCAGCUGGUCUACCUCUGGUCUUUCUUCAACUGCUUUGGUCUGAACUUUGAGUUGUGGGUGGCUAAAUUGUUCUCUCUUCCUCCAUUUUCUACCAUUGAGCGUGUUUUGGGCGAGGGAAUGUCGCGCAGGAUAAGAGGUGUGUUUAACGCUGCCAACUUCUGGGCCAUCAUCCUCUACAAUGUCCUCUCCCUCAACAGCCUGGAGUUUGCCAAACUUGUGGGAAGAAGGUUGAUUUUCAAAGGUUUUCCUCUCUCCACUUUGUCCGUGUUGAUGGUGACCUACUGUGGUGUGCAGCUGGUGAAGGAGAGAGAGAGACAGAUUGCCUUACAGGAAGAGUUGGAGCCAGAAAAGCCGGCAGAUGCCAAAGAAAAAUCGGAAUAA